AGUGACUCUCUUUCUCUCUCUUUAUUCACACCUCUUGUUACCUUCAAAACCUUCUCUCAAUCUCCUCCAUUAUCCUUCUCCUUCUCUCUUCCUGCAACUAGCUGAAUCCAAAAGUGCUUGGUUCUGGUACAGCGACCAUGGCAGUUGUUGUUCUUGCUGUGAUUUUGUUGGCCAUGGUUGGUCACUCAAGUGGGACAUGGUGUGUAUGCAAAGAAGGGUUAAGCGAAGCAAUGCUGCAGAAGACAUUGGACUACGCAUGUGGUGCAGGAGCUGAUUGUGGACCCAUUCACCAGACCGGACCUUGCUUUAACCCUAACACCGUCAAGUCUCAUUGCUCCUACGCCGUCAACAGCUUCUUUCAGAAGAAAGGUCAGUCUCCGGGCACUUGUGACUUUGCUGGCACAGCCACCGUCUCAGCCUCUGAUCCUAGCUACACAACUUGUCCUUUCCCUGCAAGUGCCAGUGGUAGUGGGACAACGACUCCAGUGACGACAACACCUUCGACAAGAGUCCCUACAACAACUAAUACAAGACCCUACACAAUCACACCAUCAACAGGAGGAGGUCUGGGAAUACCAUCUGGAACAGUCGGUAUUAACCCGGAUUACACAGAUCCAUCCUUUGGAUUCAAACUCCAAAACCCAAGAUUUGGAGUCAUAGUCUUCUUCACUCUCUUCUUACCCUUCUACUUGUUUAGCUAACUAAGUGAUUAAUGGGAUCAUGUGAGUCGUGUGGGUCUCUUUCUACUGUAAUGAUGGAAUCUUUGAAGAGAGAGACAUUGUUUUGUUCCAUCUUUGUCUGGUUUUCCAGCUGUUUCCCACUUGCCUCUGAAAAAAAAUUGUACAUGAGA